AUGAUGACGUGCCGUCUGCUGUGCGCCCUGUUGGUGCUUGCCCUGUGCUGCUGCCCGUCCGUGUGCGUGACAGCGACGGAGGGUAGCGGAGAACAAAAAGGGGCCAACGGUUCACCAACUGCUCUGUCACCGGGAGCAGGUGGUGCAGGGCAAUCAAAUACUUCCACGGGGCCAAGUUCAACAGCUCCGGACGUUGCGUUACCGAAACCCGGAAAUCAGGACAGUCAGCAACCCGCUCCGGCAGGGAGUUCAGAUGCAGAAAGUCCGGGGCCUAUUCCAAAAGAAGAACAAGGUCCGCGCACCGAUGCGUCAGGGUCGUCUGGUGGGUCCGCUAACUCAAAUAAAUCGUCAAGUUCCGUGACCGGUACGGUAUUGGCACAAAGUCAGAAGGAAAAUGCGCCAACAACAACAACCACGACUACGACAAAAGCACCAACUACCACCACCACUACGACUACGGAGGCGCCAACUACAACCACCACUCGCGCACCGUCACUUCUUCGCGAAAGCGACGGCAGCCUCAGCAGCUCUGCGUGGGUGUGUGCCCCGCUGCUGCUCGCCGUAUCCGCGCUGGCGUACACCACUCUGGGCUGA